GAGUUAUCUGUCCCUGAAAACUGAGAUAACUCUCAGCAACUGCGGAAAGUUGCCCUCUUUGCCUUUUUGUCUUAAUUUCCAAGAUGUAAACGAAGAAAUGUUUUGAACUGCUAGCUACACUGUCAUUCAAUUUUAUUCAUGUGGAUCAAUUAUUCCUUGAUCAGUCAUGUUUAUUUUUAUUAGAAACUCGAUAAACCCUAUUAUAUCAAAGCUGUCAAAGGUAGCAAGUUUGUCAAAAAGUGAACUGAACUAUGUUUCAUUUAGUUCUUUUAACGUUAACACACAUGUUAGAAACAAUCACGGCAACAAACUUUCAAACAGUAAAUUAGUUGCAAGGAACUUUACUACAUUCAGUUAUAACCUUCAGAAGGAAAAUAAAAACGAAAUUGUUGAAUCGAAAGAAGGGGCAUAUGCUGGGUUGACACUAGGUGAAAAGGUUAAAGAAGCUGGUAAAGAUGCAUCAUAUAUAGGUGUUAUACUGCUUGGAUUAGGUGUAUUGGGGGUGAUAGUUUAUGCUGUUGGCCAGGAAUUAUUCUCCAGUUCAAGUCCGAGUGGUAUCUAUGGUAGCGCUUUAAAACUAUGUAAACAGAAUACACAGAUAAUUGAUGCUUUAGGGCAACCAAUUAAAGGUUAUGGUGAAACAACAAGACGUGGCAGAAGACGACAUGUUAGUCAUUUAGAAUUUAUGGAAGAUGGUGUGAAACACAUUCGAAUGAAAUUUUAUAUUGAAGGUCCUCAUAAAAAAGGGACAGUUACAUUAGAAUCUAAACAGAAUGAUCGUGGGAAAUAUGAGGUGUGUUUUAUAUAUGUGGAGUUAGAUGGUUAUCCAUCACGUGUGAUCGUAGUAGAAGACAACAGAUAAACCAUUGUAUAUAAAAUAAAUAUAUUCGUAAUAAAGUUUGUUUAGUUUUA